ACCUUAUUAUAGAGAGAGAAAGAGAGAAGAGUAAUCUGCUCUCUUUUGUUCUUUGUACCGCCGGAUGAUUACUUCUUUCUUACAGAAGGAUCUCCUGCAAAUAAAAUAUUCUCUGAAUAAACGAGUAGAGCAGCGAACACGAUUUCUUUUAUAUAUAUAUAUAUAUAUUUAUAUAUAUAGAAUUUCGCAGGAAUAUAAAUAAACAUACGUGGGUGGGUUUUCUUCUUCUUACCCAUUUUGAAGUAAACCACCUCUACCUUCUCGUUCUUUAUCUAUUUAUGCACGUCAUUCAUUGAUUCAUCCGGUCUUUGUUAAUUAUACUCACCUGGGGAUUCAGAUUAUCCUCAAAAGGUUUCGACUUCCAUUGUUAUAUUAAUCUGAUUUUAUGUUCUACCCUUUUUCGUUUCUGAUUUCAGAGAUUCACCACUUAGAUUUUGUUGUGGGUGAAGACCUAGGCUAUCUCUUUUGUGGAUUUCUGCAUAAAGGAAGGUAAUUUGUUUUAAUUGGGGCUAAAUAUUCGUGGUGGGUCUGAAGAUUAUCCAAAUUUCGCAUUCAAUCGGGGGGGGGGGAAGGAAGUUGGUGAUUUGUGAACAAAAUCCUCGGUUUUCGGAUUGGGAUUGGGGCUUGAUAAAGUCAGUCGUGGUCCCAACAUCAAAAUCGAGGGUUUAUGGGUUUGUAUUAUUCGAACUUGCGAAUUUCCUGCUGACAAAGUGGUGAGGAAAAGGUAACUACUUCUCGGAGGGUUUGUUUGAGGUAUCGGAAUAGAUAAUCUGUUGUGAAGUUGGUCUCUGGAUUGUCCGAAGAAAUCAGAAUUUCUUGAUGGAUUCCAUUGUUUCUGAGGAUGUGGUUCAGCGGGGGAGACUUCUAGUUCGUAUUGCUGAAAAUGGACACUCAAUCGAACUGGAUUGUGAUGAAUGUACUCUAGUUGAGGCAAUCCAGCGAUUCCUUGAACCAGUAUCUGGAAUUCAAAUAAAUGAUCAGCUGCUGUUAUGUUUGGAAAUGAAAUUGGAAACCCUAAAACCGCUUUCCUCAUAUAAGCUUCCAUCUGAUGAUCAUGAAGUUUUCUUGUUCAAUAAAUCGAGGAUGAGAAGCAACUCAAUACCUCCUUCCCCUGAGCUGAUUGAAAUAGCUGAAAUCCCAGAGCCUUCACCUCCAUCAUCAUCGUCAUCAAAUCCUCAUCCUUUAGAUGAUGCUUCAGAUCCUGCCCUAAAAGCAUUGCCUUCCUAUGAGAGAAUAUUCAGGUACCAUUACCAGCGUGGCCACUCGAUUUACAGUCGCACCCAGUUGAAACUCGAAAACUGCGAGAGGCUCCUCCUGGAGCAAAAGGUGCAGGAUAGAGCAUUGAAGAUAGCGAGAGGAAUUUUGGAUCAUUUCUAUCGGAUGAUUCUCCAAAACUACAUGGAUUUCAUGAAGUGUUAUACUCAUCAAAAUAGAAGCCACUCCAGCCUAUUGAUGAACUUUGGAAGGGACAUAGACAAAUUGAGAACAUGCAGACUUCACCCUUCCUUAAUAACUCCUACCCGUAAGUGCUUGCUUGAUUUUGUGAAAGAAGGCAACUUGCGGAAGGUGGUGGAUGAUUGUAGUGGUUCUCACAAACAGUUUGAGAACAAGGUUUCCGAGUUUAAACAAGACUUUGGAGAACUAAAGCAAAGCGCUGAACAAUUGUUUGCUAGUAAAGCUUCUUAUCUUAUAGUUGAUUUGGAAAACGCCAUUAAGGAACAUUACCCGUAUAUUCAUGAACAAAAGAGCAUAAUGCAAUCUCUAAGCAAAGAUGUCAAUAUGGUGAAGAAGCUAAUCGACGACUGUCUUUCCAACCAAUUAUCCCCUUCACUUCGUCCACACGAUGCAGUCUCAGCCUUGGGCCCGAUAUAUGACGGUCAUGACAGUAUCUGUCUUCCAAAAAUGGAGGCUUGCGACAGUGCAGUUUCACGUCUUCUGGAUUUCUCCAAAGAUAAAAAGAACGAGAUGAAUCACUUUGUGCACAACUAUAUGCAAAAAAUGGCAUACGUUCAAUACACGAUAAAAGAUAUUCGUUACAAGUUCUCUGUUUUCACAGAAGCGAUGAAACGCCAGAGCGAACAAUUUGAGUUCUUGAGGAUAGUCCGUGGCAUCGGCCCGGCGUACAGAGCUUGCUUUGCGGAAAUAGUGAGGAGAAAGGCUUCGAUGAAACUCUAUAUGGGAAUGGCAGGACAGCUGGCGGAAAAGCUCGCGACCAAUAGAGAGACUGAGGUUAGGAGACGUGAGGAAUUUCUAAAAGUGCAUAAUUCGUAUAUUCCUAGGGAUAUUUUAUCAACAAUGGGAUUAUACGAUACUCCGAACCAGUGCCACGUGGACAUAGCUCCGUUUGAUUGCAACUUGCUUGAUAUUGAUAUCACUGAUUUAGAUCGUUAUGCUCCAGAACAUUUAGUUUCCGCGAAGGUUUCAUUGUCAAGGUCUAACGAUAGUGUUUAUUCUGCUGGAGGAGAAGAGAAUGCUGCAGAUGCUGCAGGUGAAGGUUCUGAAUUAUUCGAGAUUGCUGGAACUAGUAAGUUGGAAGUUGAGAAUGCUAAGCUGAAAGCUGAUCUAGCUUCUGCUUUAGCCCGAAUUUGUACCUUAAGCCUGGAAGUGGAAAUCGAAUUGCUUGAUGAUAGUAAUAUAGAAAGUGCAUUGAAAAAGGCAACUGACAAAACAACUGAUGCUUUACAACUGAAAGACGAGUAUGAGAAGCAGCUUCACUCUUUGCUCAAGGAUAAGCAAAUUCAAUGCGAUUCAUAUGAGAAAAGGAUUCGCGAAUUGGAGCUGAAAUUGUCUGAUCAUUAUUCCCCACCAGCUUCAUCUAGUAAACCAGAACUCUCGGGUGAAUCCAUGGAUGAGGGUUCGUCUGUAACAGAUCCUUUACAUGCAAAAGUUGGUCUUUACACGAAACCGACUGGAUUGGAUGAGAAUAUGACAGACUCCUCUUCUAGUCUAAAUCCCCAUUUAGAUACAUCAAUGAUGGAAACGCCGCCACCACCAUCGCCACACAAUAAUGAUGAUGAUGGAAAAAAUGUCGCGGCUUCAGAUGCUUUACAGAAACAAGGUUCAGAUUCCAAAGCGGUUGGCGAUCUUGUGGUGGAACUGCAAGAUGCAAUUAAAGAGAAGUCAAAUCAACUAAGUGAAACAGAAAUAAAACUAAAAGAUGUGACAGAAGAGGUUGAUAAGCUCGAGAAGGAGUUGGAUCUCAGUCGGAAGCUUCUAGAUGAAUCUCAGAUGAAUUGCGCUCAUUUGGAGAACUGUCUGCACGAGGCUAGAGAGGAAGCCCAGACUCACCUAUGUGCUGCUGACAGAAGGGCGGCUGAGUAUAGUGCUUUGCGUGCCUCUGCUGUAAAGAUGCGUAGCCUUUUUGAAAGAUUGCGUACUUGUAUAUCUUCGGGUGGAAUUGCUUCAUUUUCUGAAUCUCUGCGAACUCUAGCUCAAUCUUUGGCCAAUUCCACCACUGGUGAUGUUGAAGAUGAAGGUGCUUCUGAAUUCCGUGAAUGUAUCCGAGUACUAGCUGAUAAAGUUGGUGUCUUAUCAAGGCAUCGUGCAGAACUUAUUGAGAGGUACUCUAAAGCCGAAGCUGCAAACGAGCAACUUAAGAAGGAGUUGGAAGAAAAGAAAGAGUUAGUUAAUACUCUGUACAGAAAACACCAACUUGAAAAGCAGGCCAGCAAAGAGAAGAUAUCAUUUGGGAGAUUGGAAGUCCACGAAAUAGCUGCAUUUGUUCUCAAUUCAGCAUCAGGACACUAUGAGGCUAUACAUAGGAGCUGCCCUAACUAUUAUCUUUCUGCUGAAUCGGUUGCUCUCUUUACCAAUCAUCUCCCAAACCAGCCAAGCUACAUUAUUGGUCAGAUUGUGCACAUCGAAAGACAAACUGUCAAGACUGCAGCCACUACUGGAGGGUCACCACCACCGCCUGAAGGAGGAGGAGGAGGCAAUGGUCGGUUGAAUUUGAACAUGUCUUCAAACCCCUAUGAUCUCCCACUCGGAUGUGAAUACUUCAUAGUCACGGUUGCAAUGUUACCUGAUACCUCCAUUCAUUCAUCUCCUUCUUCCUGAUCUUGAAAAAAAAAUCAAACAAAUUUGAAGGAUAUGAUGGAAGACGAUGAAAACACGAGAGAAGUUGUAAAUAUAAAUUGUGUCAAUAUACUCUGUUCUUCCAGGAACUUGUUGGGAUUCUUUUCUCUUAUCUUAAGAUGAUUUUAUUUCUGUGCAGCCUUCCAGCCAUUGAUGGAUCUCAUCCUUGUACAUAAAACAUCUUUUGUUUAGAAGAACCACUUGCUGAUGAUGAUAUCUUUAGCUUUUCACAUUGC